CUCCUUCUGCGCAUGCUCUUCCCGCAGUGCAGCCUCCUCUGUGGCUCUUGGGGCGCCAUGAUGGGAGCCCGGGUGAGCCGCGUCUUUGCCAGCUUCAACCUGGAGAGCCGGGCGCACCGGGAGGUCGGCAAAGCCAAGCCCUCCCCGGCCCCACGGCACCCGGCACAGGGACUCUACUCAGCUGAAUUUCAGGAAGAGGUUAAGAAAAAAGACGAAUACCUUCAUACUCUAUUAAAGGAUGUUUAUGUUGAUUCCAGAGAUCCAUCGAAACAGGUGAACAAAGGAGGAAGCCUCCCACCUAAGUCUGAGGAACGCAGACUUAUGAAAGUAGGCCAUUUAAGUCAGCUGGAUGUUCAGACUGUUCCAAAAGGCAAAAUAUCAGUCGUUGAAGUCUUGACACUUCUAAGUAAUCAUCAGCGUUCACCACAGACAUGGACUGCAGAGAAAAUAGCAAAGGAAUAUUCUUUGGAGCUGAGGGAUGUGACUGCACUCUUAACAUUCUUCCUCCCUUUUGCUGUGGAGAUUUUUCCUCCUAAAGACACAAAAGCCCUGAAAUCUAGAUAAAAAAUUGUUUGCCAAA